GGGGAAAAAAAUAGGCCCUUCUGUCAGAAUAUUAAUUCCGUAAAUAAAUUCAAAAUUGAAGUAAAGCAAAACCUAUUUUUUGGUCGUAUAUUUCGCCAAAUUUCGGCUCUUUAAAUUAGUAACCCCCAAAUUUGCAAUUUUUUUAAUCAGAUCCAAAUUCGCAGCAGCUAAGACAGCAAGAUGACAAUGCGACUGAAUUUAGAUGCCAUACUGAGGAAUCAAAUGCAUGCGGAACCGAGGGGCUAUAACAUGAAUGAUAUAUACACGAAGGGGAGUCACGGACUGCGAAUGGGUCAGGAUAAUACCGUCGAUCGCUACUUCCCCGACAAAGCGGAUGUCAAGUCUCGUGUGGACUCAAUGAUGGCCAACAUACACAGGCAUAUGAAAACUACCACUCCGCCACGCAAGGCCGUGCCCUCUAUUCCUGCUGCUAUAGCGGAGAUACCCCCGCCUCCUAGUGUAACCAAGCUAGCGACAUCCACAUCCAAGAAAAUUCGUCGUAUCCGAGGCGGCGGUAUUAGCCCGAUGCCGGCAGCGAAAACGAAGCUGCCCUUGUCGCAGGUGAAGGCUCGACUGAAUCGACAGACGCAGCAGGUGAUGAGGCGUGGCUAUACGGAACUUGGUCCGAAAAGCUUUACCAAUCAGCGCCGCAUUCGUGAGGUGUUGCUGCAAAAAACUGUGCUAGAGAAUAUGUUGUUACAGCACAAGAGAUUGCAGCGCGACAGGCAAACAAUUGCGCUGGAUAUACAGCGAAUGCGACAGGAUCUCGAUCGGAUUAAAAACAAGCUGGAUACAUCGUUGCAAGCGCUAAACUCGACACGAACUCUGUAUACGGGAAUCAGUAAAAACAAAAAGAAUAUGCCGGAUGUUAAUUUUGACGGUCCCGGCUCAACUCGAUCAGGCGUAACCAAAAACAGAUCCGUUGCAGCUAAACUAAAUAAUAUAACCACGAAGCGUCAGCAUGCGGCUACAGUGAAGCGGCGCAGUCGCGUUUAGAUCUCUAAAUAUUCAUUUUCACUGCCAAGGUACACAACAGCCAAUCGGUUUCCAGUGACAAUCAGUUCGGAAUCAAAACUAAGGUCUAGCAAUAUAAACGUAAUUAAUAUUCGAAGCAACACGCAACUUGAAGUUAGCGGGCAAAAUGAUGGCAGCCCUCGUAACUAAAUUGCGUGCACGACGAUAUAGUCUUAUCGAUAUUUGUGCGUUGCAGCCAUCGACUAAUGGUUUUUUAUUUCUAAACGAUGGCUUGUUUCACCUGAAAUUUAAAUCAGCGCGAAAUUAGCAGCCCUCGUCGCCACAAUAUGAGUAUUAGUCUAUCGAUAUAUUGUGUUGCAACUAUCGAUGCUCGGUUUUGACAUCACUAAAUCAUGGCGUCUGUCUCGCCUACAACAGCCAAAAAUUUUGUUUUUUCAUUUAUUUGGGUAGAUUUACAUUUUGUUUUGCAUAAAAAAAGAGAGGCCU